UCGCCAGCUUGUUGUUCGACGGAUCCCGGCGGAGGAGGGAGAAGUUCGCUCAGCCAGUCCGGAUAUCUGGUCGCUUUUCUUCCCCUGCGGGCUCCCAGGAUGAGCCGGUGACCCGGAUGGGGAGCGAGUAGCCUGCUGGUCGCCUGGCCUGUCACCCGGCGGCGCGGAGCUCCAACAGCGGGGAAGGACGUGGAUGAGCCCGGAGAUGGUUCGCUUCCCGCGGGACCUUCACUGCUGCUGACGGCGCUUCCAAUCACAUUUCUUAGAAACCGAACUGUGGAUUAACGAUGCCGGACCAAAUAACAGUUUCAGAGUUUGUCGCGGAGACGAAUGAAGAUUAUAAAUCUCCCACCGCCUCUAUUUUCACCACCAGGAUGUCCCAGUGCAGGAACACCGUGGCUGCGCUGGAGGAGGCUCUGGAUGUGGACCGCAGCGUUCUCUACAAGAUGAAGAAGUCGGUGAAGGCCAUCUACACGUCCGGCCUGGCCCAUGUGGAGAACGAGGAGCAGUACACUCAGGCGCUGGAGAAGUUCGGGGAAAACUGUGUGUGCCACGACGAUCCCGACCUGGGCUCAGCCUUCCUCAAGUUCUCCGUCUUCACCAAGGAGCUGACGGCUCUCUUCAAAAACCUGUUCCAGAACAUGAACAACAUCAUCACGUUCCCCCUGGACAGCCUGCUGAAAGGAGACCUGAAGGGCGUCAAAGGGGAUCUGAAAAAGCCUUUUGACAAAUCCUGGAAGGACUACGAAACCAAAGUCAAAGGACAUUCUUUACUGAGAGGGACUAAAAUCGAGAAGGAGAAGAAAGAGCAUGCUCGGCAGCACGGCAUGAUCCGGACGGAGAUCAGCGGGGCGGAAAUAGCCGAGGAGAUGGAGAAGGAGCGGCGCUUCUUCCAGCUGCAGAUGUGCGAGUACCUCCUCAAAGUCAACGAGAUCAAGAUCAAGAAGGGGGUGGACCUGCUGCAGAACCUCAUCAAGUACUUCCAUGCACAGUGCAAUUUCUUCCAGGACGGCCUGAAAGCCGUGGAGAACCUGAAGCCAUCGAUAGAGAAACUGGCUACAGAUCUGCACACGAUCAAGCAGGCGCAGGAUGAGGAGAGGAAGCAGCUGACUCAGCUGAGAGACGUCCUGAAAACGGCUCUGCAGGUGGAGCAGAAGGAGGAUUCCCAGGUGCGGCAGAGCGCGACGUACAGCCUGCACCAGCCGCAGGGCAACAAGGAGCACGGCACCGAGCGCAGCGGCUUCCUGUUCAAGAAGAGCGACGGGUUGAGGAAAGUCUGGCAGAAAAGAAAAUGCACGGCUAAAAACGGCUACCUCACCAUCUCACACGGCACAGCUAACAGGCCGCCGGCGAAACUCAACCUGCUGACCUGCCAGGUGAAGCACAACCCUGAGGAGAAGAGGAGCUUCGACCUCAUUUCACAUGACCGAACGUAUCAUUUUCAAGCUGAGGACGAACAGGACUGUCAGAUCUGGAUCUCAGUUCUGCAGAACAGUAAGGAGGAGGCGUUAAACCAGGCGUUUAAAGGCGACCACCGUGUUGGCGAGAACAACAUCGUUCAGGAGCUGACGAAGGCCAUCCUGGGGGAAGUGAAGAGGAUGACGGGGAACGACGUGUGCUGCGACUGCGGAGCGCCCAAUCCGACGUGGUUGUCCACCAACCUGGGCGUCCUCACCUGUAUUGAAUGUUCAGGGAUCCACAGGGAACUCGGAGUCCACCACUCUCGGAUCCAGUCUCUCACUCUGGACGUCCUCAGCACCUCGGAGCUCUUGCUGGCCAAGAACGUGGGGAAUGCAGGCUUUAAUGAAAUCAUGGAAGCUUGUUUAAAUGCUGAAAAUGUGGUGAAACCAAACCCAGCGAGUGACAUGCAAACCAGGAAAGACUUCAUCAUGUCCAAAUACAUCGAGAAGCGUUUUGCCAGAAAGAAGGGCGCCGACGCGGCGGCGCGGCUCCACACGUUGUGCGAGGCGGUGAAGGCGAGGGACAUCUUCUCCCUCAUCCAGGUGUACGCCGAGGGGCUGGACCUCAUGGAGCCGAUACCGCUCGCCAACGGACAUGUAACGGCACAAAGCAUUUCAGGUUUUCUUCGCUUGUCCUCCAUGUUUCUAAUGGCGGUUUCUCUUCAGGAACAGGGAGAGACGGCGCUUCACUUGGCCGUCAGGCUGGUCGACAGAACGUCUCUUCACAUCGUCGACUUUCUCACUCAGAACAGUUUGAAUCUGGACAAGCAGACGGCCAAAGGCAGCACAGCGCUGCACUACUGCUGCCUGACUGAUAACAGUGAAUGUCUGAAGCUGCUGCUGAGAGGAAAAGCCUCCAUAGAUAUUGCGAACGAAGCCGGCGAGACGCCGCUGGAUAUUGCCCGGAGACUCAAACAUGCUCAGUGUGAGGAGCUGCUCAACCAAGCUCUGGCAGGAAAAUUCAACGCUCACGUCCACGUUGAGUACGAGUGGCGCCUGAAGCACGAGGACCUGGAUGAGAGCGAUGAGGAUCUGGAUGAGAAGCCGAGCCCCCAUCGGAGAGACGACCGUCCCGUCAGCUGUUAUGCCCCCAGCAGUAACUCCCACCUGCAGUCCGGUCUGGGGCCCACCGGCCGGGACGGAGCGGGCCUCAGCAAGGACAAGCACCGCCUCUUUAUGCCCAGCCUGGUGAACAACGAGACUUACGGAACCAUCCUGAACACCGGCGCCCCUCAGUCGGCCUCCACCUCUGCCCCUCCCCUGCCCCCAAGGAACCUGGCCCAAUCUGUGGGGGGAAUCGGUCAGUCUGCCACCUCCAGCACCUGGAAACCCGGUUCUUUAGACCUGGUCAGCCGGCAGCGGUCGUCCUCAGACCCUCCCAACAUGCAUCCUCCUGUUCCCCCAAUGAGGCUCACUUCUACUGGAGGUCUGGGUCCCGCCCCCAUAGCCAAGAUGGAAGCCAUGAGCAUCCAGUCCAAGUCGGGUCAAGGUCCGCUGGGGACCCGGUCAGUGCCACCUAAAUCCCCUGCUGGCAAUGAUAAAAGCUUCAGCCGAGGAUUCCUGAAUCAAAGUGAGUCUGUAGAACGAGCAGCUAAGGAAGUGCCAGGAUGCCCCCAGAACUCGGUGCCUCUGGCCUUCGUGUCAAGGAAAGCAUUUCCAAAGCAGAGACCAAAGCGGGUGAAGGCCAUCUACAACUGCAUAGCUGACAACCCAGACGAGCUGACGUUUUCCGAGGGCGAGGUGAUCGUGGUGGAUGGAGAGGAGGACCAGGAGUGGUGGCUGGGCCACAUUGAAGGAGAUCCAAUGAGAAGAGGCGCCUUUCCCGUCACAUUCGUCGUCUUCAUCGCCGACUGACGGACCGCUCGGGUCCUCUGGAGGCGUCACGAGAUGCUGCGUUAGUCGCCAGCCAUCCGUCUGAGGACCCAGGAGGUUCAGCCCCUCACUCAGAAUCUAAAGAAAACCAUGUUUUCCCUGAACAACCUUUGGCAAUAAACAACCUAUUUCCGUCACAAACCAUGUUUUAACAAAAUGAAGGUCACAUGAACAGUGUUUGUUUCAUCUCUAGAGCCGCAGUGUGCAGAGAAAUCGAUUUUCACACCUCCAAAUGUGAACUUAGACAAAUGCUUACAUUCCAUAGCUGCGCAUGUAGAUGCAGUGUUGGUAGAUCUUUAGUGACGCUCCUGUGUGGAGGAUUUUCCUACUGGUGCUAAAUUAACCUCCGAGUCUUCUCAAGCUGCAGCCAGCAGAGCUCCUCCUCUUCCUUCCUUCCUGACUUUUGUGAUGAAUUUAUGCUAAUGCAUCUCACGCACACACACCUGUUUUAGUUCCAUGUUGUGGUUUACCAUCGGCUUGGACUGGUAUGAGAUUCAUCGUCAAACAGCUUUUAUUUAAGCAGAAAAUGAUUAUUACAGUCAUAACUAUAUCUGUUCAAUGUAAGUGUGAAACAGAACCUUUCAAUUAUCACAUGCUAACACCGCCAUCGAUGGCUAGCUGGUCGGUGCAAAAACAAGCAGAGGAAGCAACAGAAAACUCACUCUGGUUUCAGUGGACAAGCUUUCUGUUUGCUUCUGUUACCUGCUGGUGGAAUGGCACCCGGCAAGAGACUUGUAUUGCCUAUAUUGCUAACAGCCACUGUUAGGUUAUUCUGUUGAUGGGCUACUAGCUCAGGUAGUAAACGCCCAAAUCCAGGUCUGUACCUUUAAUGGCCCAGAGCCAAAUCUGCGGCAGUAACCGCCCCAUUCCUUUAGAUCAGACGGCAACUUCUAGACAAGUUGGUUGUUGCGUUCUUGAUAAAUGAUGAAGGUCUUUGGUUCUCAUCUCAUAUGAAAAGAAUGAGACGUUUUGUUGGAGGUGAUGAGUCGUCUGUGCAGAAUGAGUUGCAAGUUAAAGAAUAGAUUUAAAGCUGUUGGAAAGUGAAGUAAAGUGGGAGAACUGUGGCCUUUAGGACACUGUAACAGGCUGCUUACUUUAGUCUGCUUCAAGCCUGAGACCCUCGACAACCAGCCAGGAAGGUCCUCACUGUUUGGGCUCAUGAGAUGUAGAUGUUUUGAAAAUACAGUGUAAUUAACUUCAUCGUAGUUGCAGAGCAACUUAUUGUUCAUAUUGUUGAUAUUUAAGCAUUUAACCUGAAAUCGGAGCCUUCCAUGGAUUUGUGAAUGACAAGAAGAGAAUCUGUCUCUUCGUUCACUGUAAGAACUCACUGGAAACAAGAUGUAAUCACCUAUUUAUGUAAAUACAUUUGAGUAUUUAUGAGAUCAGAGCGGUUAAUGUCUUUCAGCAAACUGCAGCCACAAGACAAACUGUCUGAUCACCACUAACAUGACUCCUGAUGUGCAAGGGAAUGGGAAAAGUUCAACUGGAAAAAUAAAUUAUGGAAUAAUGUCAUAAA